AGUGUAGGGCAGUAGUGUAGGGAGUGUGUACCGAUUUGAGCAAGCGGUAAUAAGAAUGGCUAGGAAGUAGCCGUGGAAAUUCCGCAUCGCUUAAAAAUAUUUAUAUUAUUUUAAUUUGGAGUACAGUGUGAGGGUGUACAUGUCCGUGGAGUUUUGGUACGACAGGAGUGUUUUAUGAUUAUAGAAUGAAACCAUAAGCCGUAUUUUAGGGAACAAAGACUCGGGCGUACAAAAGCGGUGCGAAGUGUGUGGCGGAUGUUGACGCUAGCCCGUUAGCUUAGCUUGUUAGAUCAACGUUCAUAUAUCCAGGUUGUACGAUACAUACACUUUCUCGCGUUCGGGAUCCUCUUUGUAUUGAGUGCGCAAGAAUUCGUAUGUUAUGGUCGACAGGAUAUAAAAAAAACAACAACAGCUGAUUGAUUUCUGAUCAUUCAAAAUAAAUGCUAGCUAGUAACCUGAGUUAGCUUAGCCAGUCGGCUAAUCUCGGAGAAGCGGCGGAGCUCGGCGGAGUGCUGACAUGGAGACACACAUUUCGAGCCUUUUCCCGGAGAUUUUAGCGAUGAUUUUCGGCUACCUGGACGUGAAAUGUAAAGGCAGGGUUGCGCAGGUGUGUGUGGCCUGGAGAGACGCUUCCUAUCACAAAUCGGUGUGGAGAGGAGUAGAAGCCAAACUCCACCUGAGGCGAGCAAACCCGUCCUUAUUCCCGAGCCUGCAGAGCCGAGGGAUCAAGAAAGUGCAGAUCCUGAGCCUCAGACGCAGCCUCAGCUAUGUCAUUCAGGGCAUGCCGAACAUCGAGAGCCUUAACCUGAGCGGAUGUUAUAAUCUGACAGACAACGGACUCGGACAUGCGUUUGUGCAGGACAUUCCUUGCUUGAGGAUCCUCAACCUCAGCCUCUGUAAGCAGAUAACAGACUCCAGCCUUGGCCGAAUUGCACAGUACCUAAAGAACUUGGAGUUUCUGGAGCUCGGUGGGUGUAGUAACAUCACCAACACCGGCUUGCUCCUUAUCGCAUGGGGCUUGCACCGGCUCAAGAGUCUGAACCUACGCAGCUGCAGGCAUGUCUCUGACGUGGGCAUCGGCCACCUGGCCGGCAUGACGCGCAGCGCCGCAGAAGGCUGCCUCGGCUUGGAGAAUCUCACUCUGCAGGACUGUCAGAAACUGACAGACUUGUCACUUAAGCACAUCUCAAAGGGCCUGGGCAAACUCAAAGUCCUGAACCUGAGCUUUUGCGGCGGCAUUUCAGACGCCGGAAUGAUCCACCUGUCGCACAUGACCCAGCUGUGGACUCUGAACUUGCGCUCGUGUGACAACAUUAGUGACACCGGGAUCAUGCACUUGUCCAUGGGCUCGCUCCGGCUUUUCGGGUUGGACGUUUCGUUCUGCGACAAAGUGGGAGACCAGAGCUUGGCCUACAUCGCCCAGGGACUUUAUCAGCUCAAGUCGCUCUCGCUGUGCUCCUGUCACAUCAGCGAUGAUGGAAUCAACAGGAUGGUGCGGCAGAUGCAUAAGCUGAAGACGCUGAACAUUGGACAGUGCGUGCGCAUCACGGACAAGGGCCUUGAGCUCAUCGCAGAUCAUCUGACUCAGCUGACUGGCAUCGAUCUGUACGGGUGCACCAAAAUCACCAAACGGGGACUGGAGCGGAUUACGCAGCUCCCGUGCCUUAAAGUGUUGAACUUGGGGCUUUGGGAGAUGACCGAGGGUGAAAGGGUUAGGUGAUACCUGAUCAGGCAUCACAACUUACACUUUGUACUACCUCAUUCAACAACAUUGUUCACCUUUGUUUAGUUUUUUUUAUUUGAAUUUUUUUUUUAUUUUACAAGAAAUGUGAAGGAACUUUUAAUUAGGUUAGUGUUAUGCAAUGCGAACACUGAACACCCUUUUUGUUAUAUUGUUUAAUAGUAUAUAUUUCUUAAAUGCUUUUUUUAUUAGUAAGUGAAUAGUAGAAUUAUUUUAGCGUGCAAGGCAGUUCUUUAAAAAAAAAAGAUAUUUUCUCACUCUCAGUUAGAUUAUACAGACAUUAUACUGAAUGCCUUAAAGUAUUACCAUCGUCAUGGGAGCUUUAGUACUGCUCUAGUAAUCAAUUAUGGAUCAGUGUUCAGAAUAAACUGGUUUUCCAUGCUUUUGACAGAAAAGUAUAACAUCUUCCUUAGUAAGGUGAACAUAUGCAAUUAAAACUGUGUAAAAAAAAAAUAUAUGGUCAAUUUAUUGGUAAGAUAAUGAUUGCAAUGUCUAUUUUCCUAUGCUAAAAAAAUUAAAAUUGUUUUUGAAAUUG